AUGGCUAACGAUCUCGUGAAAUUGAAAAUUGUGAAUGAGAAUGAGAAAAGUGUUGAUCGGAGUUUGAACGACGAGGUCGAGAUGAUUUUUGGCAGAGGACCGGCGCCGGCGCUUAAUGACAAGAGUGCAAUCAUUAGCAAUGGCAACCUAAUCGACAAAGAACGAGGAAACACCGAGUUUCAUGGCAACAACAACAUGGGCGAGACUGACCUAGGACACCCUAGACAGCCGCUCUUGGAGAGAAGAGGCGGGCAGCUACCUCCUCUAGCUGGUCCUGAAACUGACGAGUUAGAUGGAGACCCACCGAAGGACGCCGCUCCGUUCCCUGGCGCCGACACCAGUUUGUUGCAUCCUGGGGAUAAGAAGCCAGGCGACCAUGAUCAUGAUGACAGUGACCGUCACUCGGAGUUGGACCCCAGCGACAAACACUCGAUGUAUGGCGACGAUGCUGUCACUGACGGUAAAUGGUCUUCGGGGCAUGACGAGACUGACCAUCCUUACGACGUCAACGAGCUUGCAGCAAGAUUCGGCGACUCCCGGCCUGUGUCACCCUUCUCUGCGAUUGCUCUCCCCGACGUGAACGUGAACACAUACCAGCAAAAGAAGAACCUGGCGCAGGGUAUGAUGGACCUGGCGCUGCUGUCUGCCAACGCCAACCAGCUCCGCUACGUGCUGGAGUCUGCCAACACGCACCCCUACUACUACCCCAGCCUCACCUUCAUCUCACUUAGUAUUAUCUUCCAAAUCAUUGUCGGCGUUGGCCUCAUCAUGAACAGUCGGUACGACGUGAACGACCAGAAGGAGCGCUGCAAGGCUGACAAAAUAAAUAACAUGACAGUGAUCGGCAUCUUCCUCAUCACCAUCGUCAAUGUGUUCAUCACCUCGUUCAGCGUCGCCACUCAGACUCCUGUCGUUACCGUAGGUACCUCCACCGCGCAACAAGCUGUAUAG